AUGCUGUCCAUCCUCACAAGAGUCGUGCUUUUCAAGAUACUGGCAGUUAUUGUCUUGCAAGCUGCUUCUAAUAACGGUAUCUUGGCGUCCCGCGCCUUGGUCCAAUUGGACUCAAAGGUGUUUGGCUCCCGGGGAUCCGCUGACUCACAGCUGUCUGAGACAACAGAAGCAAAGUCCAGACAAAAGCGCUGCACCUGUUAUUCCUACAAGGAUAAAGAGUGCGUCUACUACUGCCACUUGGAUAUCAUCUGGAUCAACACCCCCGAGCGCACUGUGCCGUACGGAAUGUCGAGCUACAGAGGACGUCAGCGAAAACGACGUGGUGUUCAGCCGUCCCAAUACGAGGGGGCAGAGACACCGCGCUGCCGUUGUGUUGCGACCGAUGCAGACCCGGAGUGUCGUGAUUUUUGUCUGUCAAGCCCCACGAUAGAUUGGCGACGUGUCCAGGUGUACCCUGCCUCUCACGCUAUGACACCUAGGAUAGGCUCCAGCCCCCUCCAGGCUCCAGCCCCCCUCUCAACCCUGAAUUAG